AUGUCGGGUUCCUCCAACAUCGUCACCGCUAUGAAGAAAGUGCUCCAGUCCUGGCCUUUGGGGCUCAACUCAACCUUUAGAGCGUCAGCAACUGCAAAUUUGAAACAAUUCUGUCCGCAGAAUGCUCAAAAGGACCCCCUGCCUACUGGAGUAUCUUCAGAAAGAACCAAUCCCGUCAGACCCCAGAAAGUCUGUUCUUUUUUGUAG